GCCGCUUCCUGUCUUAAGAGGAUCCUUACACAUUGAUUAUGCUUAAGGAAAAAUGAUGGAGAUAAGCAUGAGAUCUCCGUCGCACAGCUGCAUGUGUAGGCACAGUUGAAGCAGUUGCCCACCUAAUUGGUUGACAGUAUUGAUGUGUGUUAAACAAAAAACAAUUUAAAGACAGGCAACAUCUGUAUUUAUGAGUUUGCAAAUAAGCCUAGUCAGAGUGUGCUGAUGGAGCCUUCUAGCAAUGAACAGUUAUAUGAUGACCCUGAUCCUGGAGGCAAACCCCAAGAUCCAGAGGCCAGAAAGCCUCCUGAAGCAGAGCAGAAAUUGUCUAAAAUGACCCACAAUGCUUUGGAGAACAUUAAUGUGAUUGGCCAAGGCUUGAAGCACCUCUUCCAGCACCAGCGCAGGAGGUCUUCAGUGUCUCCUCAGGAUGUGCAACAAGUCCAGGCUGAGGCGGAGCCUGAGAUGGACCUGGAGAGCCAGAGCUCCUGUGCUGAUAUUGAUGGUGUCUCCACCCACCCCACAGCUUUGAAUCGAGUACUGCAGCAGAUCCGCGUGCCCCCUAAGAUGAAGAGAGGCACGAGCUUGCACAGCAGGCGGGGCAAGCCAGAUGCCCCAAAGGGCAGCCCUCAGGUCAACCGGAAAUCUGGCCAAGACAUCGCUGCGGUGGUGCAGUCCGGCCGACCUCGGUCAUCUUCUACCACUGAUUCUCCCGCCAGCUCAGCUGCCCUCGAGAUAGCGUGUGCUGCUUAUCUUCCUGGGGAGGAGAUAACUGCAGAGCGGAUCGACCGGUUGGAAGUAAGCAGCCUUGCUCAGACCUCCAGUGCAGUGACCUCUAGCACCGACGGCAGCAUCAACACUGACUCAGUGGAUGGGACACCUGACCCACAGCGCACCAAAGCAGCGAUCACCCACCUGCAGCAGAAGAUCCUGAAGCUCACGGAACAGAUCAAGAUCGAGCAAACAGCCCGAGAUGACAAUGUGGCAGAGUACUUGAAGCUCGCCAACAACGCGGACAAGCAGCAGACCGCCCGCAUCAAGCAGGUGUUUGAGAAGAAAAACCAGAAAUCGGCCCAGACCAUCCUGCAGCUGCAGAAGAAGCUAGAACACUACCAUCGGAAGCUCCGAGAAGUGGAGCAGAAUGGCAUCCCCCGGCAGCCCAAGGACGUCUUCAGGGAUAUGCACCAGGGCCUAAAGGACGUAGGGGCCAAAGUGACCGGCUUCAGCGAGGGGGUAGUGGACAGCGUCAAAGGCGGGCUGUCCAGUUUCUCCCAGGCCACCCACUCGGCCGCAGGAGCCGUUGUCUCAAAGCCGAGAGAGAUCGCCUCCUUAAUUCGGAACAAGUUUGGCAGCGCAGACAACAUCUCUAAUCUGAAAGACUCUUUGGAGGAAGGGCAGCUGGAGGAUGGGCCCGGGGGGAAGCCCCUGGGGGUGAUUGCCAACUUUCAGUCGAGUCCAAAGUAUGGUAGUGAGGAAGACUGUUCCAGCGCUACCUCGGGCUCAGUGGGAGCCAACAGUACCACGGGGGGCGGCCCUGUGGGGGCAUCAAGCUCCAAAACAAACACUCUGGAGAUGCAGAGCUCAGGGCUUGAUGCAAUACUUCACGAGAUCCAGGAAAUCCGAGAGACCCAGGCCAGGCUAGAGGAAUCCUUUGAAAACCUCAAGGAACAUUAUCAGAGGGACUAUUCCUUCAUAAUGCAGGCCUUACAGGAGGAGAGGUACAGAUGUGAGCGAUUAGAGGAACAGCUCAAUGACCUUACUGAACUCCAUCAGAACGAGAUCUUGAACUUAAAGCAGGAGUUGGCCAGCAUGGAGGAGAAAAUCGCCUAUCAGUCUUAUGAGAGGGCUCGGGACAUCCAGGAGGCGCUGGAGGCUUGCCAGACCCGGAUCUCCAAGAUGGAAUUGCAGCAGCAGCAGCAACAGGUGGUGCAGUUGGAAGGGUUGGAGAACGCCACUGCCCGAAACCUCCUGGGCAAGUUCAUCAAUAUCCUUCUGGCUGUGAUGGCGGUUCUCUUGGUCUUCGUCUCCACCGUGGCCAACUGCGUGGUCCCUCUCAUGAAGACACGCAGCAGGACGUUCAGCACUUUAUUCCUUGUGGUUUUCAUUGCCUUUCUCUGGAAGCAUUGGGACGCCAUCUUUGGCUAUGUGGAACGGUUCUUUUCAUCCCCAAGAUGAUGACACAGAGGCAGCUGCUCCCCAAACCCCUGGCGCGUGCAUGCAGCAAAGAUUUAGACAGCAACUUAACUCCUCUGAAGUUUUAAACAAGAGUCGAGUGAAUCUGUUUACAUUUAGAAUAACGUUUUUUCUCUGAGAGACGCGAUUGCAAUAGUAUUUUUUAGAUUUUAUCCAAGAAGUUUUUUGGGCAAAAAUCCUGGAUCAUUUUUAUGUAGCAUGAUUCUCCUGGGAUGCAAAUCUUAAAAAGAUCCUUUAACACGAACCAACACAAUCUGGAGCACAGUGAUGGGCAUUCUAAAUUCUGGCUUGAACUACUGCACUAAAACCCAUUAGAAAGAUGAGUCAACUUCAACCAGUUAGGCCUAGCAACCUGCCUUGUCUGGGAGCAUACCAGACCCCUUCUUCCCCAGGCUAACCUUUACUGUGAAAUCCUAGCACAUUCCAUGUCUGAAUUCACGGAUUCAGGGUGGAUUUUCCUUAGCUUCGGAAAACACACGGAGGAACACAUGGAUCUGCCCAACAACUUCCACACUCAAGGCGGCCAGUCACGCUGAUCUCGAAGUGUGGUCAUUUUUGUAUCUGGGCCCUUAACCUUUGGCAAGGAUACAAAGGGUCAAGCCCUACAGGAUAACUGCAGUCCUACAGUAUUUUGAAGUAACCCUCUAAAUACUUAAUCUUAAGCAAAAGCCCUUGGCCGCACUUUUAAG